AUGGCUACUACCGCGAUGGAUUACGAGGCUGCCAAUGGCGACCGGUACGAAGCUAACCAGCCUGCUCUAGAUGAGGCUCCUCGAUAUGAGCGCGACAACCGAAGUGCCUCGCCUCGUCCUCGCGAGGACAACGAAGGCAGCCGCCGUCGCUCUGCCUCACCCGGUGGCCAUGGUGACAGCAACAUGAAGGACGUGUCUGCUUCCCGGGACGACGAUGAUGGUGCUAUCAACCCUGGAUCUAACCUCUUUGUCACAGGUAUCCACCCGAAGCUUUCCGAAGCUGAGGUAUCCAAGAUGUUUGAGAAAUAUGGCGAUGUUGAGAAGUGCCAAAUUAUGCGUGACCCUCACACCAAAGAGUCCCGCGGAUUUGGCUUUGUCAAGAUGGUUACAUCUGAACAAGCCGAAGCUGCCAAAGAGGGUCUUCAGGGCGAACAGAUCGAGGGCCGCACCCUGAGCAUCGAGAAGGCCCGUCGAGCCCGCCCUCGUACCCCAACUCCUGGCAAGUACUUUGGCCCACCCAAACGAGAGCCUCGUCCUGGACGUUACGAUGACCGCCGACGUGGUGGUUACGGCGGCGGCGGCGGCGGUGGUUACGGCCGUGAUGACCCUUACCGCUACCGUGGCUACGACCGCAACUAUGAGCGACGCUAUGAUGACCGUGGAGGUGGUUAUGGUGGCAGCAGCGGCGGCGGCGGCGGCGGCGGCGGAGGAGGAGGAAGUGGCGGUGGCCGCGACUACGAUCGCAGCUACCGCGAUGAGCGUCGUUAUGAGGAUCGAGGAGGCUAUGGUGGCCGCGACUAUGAUCGAGGCUAUGAACGCCGUGACCGUGACGAGGGCUACGGCCGUGAUCGCUACGGAGGAGGAGGUGGUGGCGGUGGCGGUCGUGAAGAGCGAGACCGCUAUGGCCCUCGGGGAGGCCCUGGAGGUUCUGGCUACGAACGUGGUGGUGACCGAUACGAACGCGGAGGCGACCGAGAUGCUGCUCGAACUCGCGACCCGGCUGCCAGCGCUGGAGGCGCUGGUUAUGGCGAAUCUGCCUCUCGAUCCGAGACACGCGAUGCCUAUGGAGGCGCUCCCGAUCGUAACAUUCAGUGA